AGCCUUCCCCAAGCUUCCAAAAAUCUGCUAGGACUCAGAGUCACCUUUUACGGAAACCCUGCCUUCCACCUGUAAAAACCGUCCCUGCAGACAGUGCAGCCCAAGGUCUGUGCAGACCCCACGGUCAUGCUUAGAGGCCAAAAGGUAGAAUGUCAGGGACCAGUCCCACCGUGUAUGCUGUUGCCUCCCAUACCUGACCACUCCUAAAGCCGUUCUAAAAUCCAGUGGAAACAUGUCAGGGCUGAUACCCAGGACAAAGGUAACCCAGACGACACACACCCCGACUUUCCUCUUGGGUCAGGAGGGCAGUGCUCCUGCACUGCCCGGAUAUGAUACUCGGUAAUGCUAACCUCCUGUACGGUCACCCGCCAGUUUCCAGGCAUCGACCUGCUUUAAUCCCCUUCUCCUAAAGCUCUCCACCACCUUCUAAAGAGGAGUUGCGAUUCCCAAUUCAGAGACCAGGAAACAGGGACUUAAACUUCAAGUGACAGCCCACCAUCUGAAAACUAUGAAGCACUGGUGUGAUUCCUCGGCACUCUCACUGCUGCACUCCAUCCAGGCUUCCAGCCAUUUAAAGAGUGGCGCCCGCUUCAGAGUAGAAGGGGGCAACCGAGUACGAAGCGCUGGGGCAAAAAGAAAGUUGAGUGUAAGGGGGGCUUAAUAACGGAGCUAUCUAGGCUCCACGUGUCCCAUGCCCCUGCUAUGGGCGCAGCCACAGGCCCUCCCUGCAGGCGGCCGCGUUUUCCUAAGUCCGGGUCUAGGCAGUCCGUAUCUCGGGGGUCUCUGAACCCCUGUGUCCCUCCCUCCUCAGCAACGCAUUCCGCCGAACCAGCUUCCAAACCCUCUGCUCACCUCCCACUCCCGCGACCCCUACAGCGGCUAGUGCGGCAGGCGUCCAGCAGCCCCCGCCGCAGAGUGCACAGCGCACGGGCCACGGAGCUCGGGUUCUGGCUGUGAGUCCCCGGGAGUGCUCGUGCCUGCGCAGGCGCGGAACCAGCCGGCCGGCAGUGAGCUACAGCUGAGGUGCCGCGGCGCGUCUGGGUUCCCGUGGCAACGCAGUACACAGACGCUCGGAAGCUGCGCGCGCUCCAUGUGCUUCCGCAAAGCUGAGAUGGAGCCUGUUAACAUCCCUUUUGGGACAUGUCAGCAGAGGAAGCUCUUUCCUCACUUCCAUCCCCCAAACUUCUUGGGGAACAAGUUUCUCCCUCUUAGGGGAGUGCCCCACAGAGGGCCUGGAUGCUACAUAGCAGACGAUUAUGGCUUGGCAUACAAUCUCUCUAAGAUCCCCACCAGCAGAAGAGGAUAUGCUUUUGGAGCCAGAACAGCACUGAGGUUUACGCCAAUCAACAAGGUUAACAGUGGCGGAAUGUGCAUAGGUUUUUGUGUGACCUGUCUUGCUGCAUGUAUUUGCAUGGAGAGCAAAGGGCAGAGAGAUAUGAUGCCUUCCCCAGGCAUGUACCAGACAGUAAAUCCUCAGGAUCAGAAACACAAACAAAAUUUUGCUCCAUUUAAUGCCUCGUUGCCUCGAUUUAGGACAUACUCGAAGGACAGUUAUCACCCUGGCCCUGGCACAUACAACCCAGAGACAAAGCUAGCGCAGAAGAUCAGCUGGCCAAUGAAAUUUGGAUCUCCGGACUGGGCUCAGGUUCCCUGUGUACAGAAAAGAACUCUAAAAGUUGAGCUGUCCACUGACAAAGAAUUUAGAAAGCAUCGGAACCGUGUGGCCUACCUACACCUGUUCUACAAUUGAGAAACUGGGAGUACCUUCCUGAGCAACUCCUGACCACAGCCUCUCCAGGAUUGAGGACAGAGCUGCUCUCCUCCCUCUGCAUCACUGUGGUUCUCCAGUCUGCCAGCAUGGGGCCCAGGGAGGGAGAAGGGGCUCCUAAUGGCUACAUGAGAGCAUAAACGGUAUGAGAGUA